AGCUUGAAGAUGCCCAGCGGUGGUGCCCUCUGCCCACAGAUGUUCUUCUCUUUGCUGGUGCUGUUCUGGUCCCAGUGGAGAACCAGGGGCCUCAAUCCCUGUUUGGAGGUGAUCCCAGGUAGCAUAUACAGAUGCAUGGAGUUGAACCUCAGUGGAAUCCCACCAGGCCUUCCAAACACUACUGAAAACUUGGAUCUAAGCUUCAACCUACUCGAGAUUUUGACUUUCAAUUAUUUCUCACUCGUCCCUGCACUGAGAUUUUUGGACCUCACCAGGUGUGGCAUCCAGCGAAUUGAAGACGAUGCUUUUAUGGGUCUCUAUAACCUUUCAGUCUUGAUCCUGACUGCCAAUCCUCUCCAGUUCUUGAGUCCAAGAGCAUUUCAUGACCUGAUGUCCUUGCAAAAACUAAUAGUUGUAGAAACUCACGUGUCCGGGCUGGACAGCUUGCCCAUUGGGCAUUUGACUGCUCUCCAAGAGCUGAAUCUGAGCAACAAUCGCAUAACUUCCUUGAGACUUCCAGAAUACUUCUCCCAACUGAUCGUUCUCCGGUUUUUGAGCUUCCAGUCAAACAAGAUCUCAGCUAUUUCUGCAGGAGACCUUGAUGGCUUUCAAAGCAGGAACCUUACACUAGUUCUGUCCAAGAACGCCAUUAAAUACAUUGAACUAAACAGUUUUUCGGGGGUAUAUUUUCAAGAACUAUCCUUGAGAGGCUGCUUUGAGAGCAGUGCCCAUAUGCAAGCUAGCCUCCAGAAUCUGUCUGGCUUACACGCCAACCGUCUAGUAUUAGGAGCAUAUAGGAAUGCUGACAGGCUGGAGGACAUCAACAAAGCUCAUUUGGAUGGACUCUGUCAUAUGUGCUUGCAGGAGAUUGCUCUUGUGCAAAUAUCUCGUAUUUACCAUACUGACAGGCUCUCAGAUUGCUUGAACAACAUCCACUCAGUGAGGUUGGUGAACACCGACAUUGAACAAGUGUCACAAUUCCCAGAAAAUUCCAGCAUACACCACCUUGAACUGAAGAACUGCAGGUUGAGAAGUGUCCCUGCUGAGAGCCUGUCUUCUUUAAAAGAGCUAAGAGUGCUCCGCAUCACCAAGAGUGAAAGAUACCUCACUCGAUUUGCAGAGGACUUCAAUGGUCCACAAAACCUUGAGGUCCUGGAUCUCAGUGAGAAUGGCCUUGUUGUCUCCUUUGGGUGGUCAUCCCUCAUGGAAGGGCUUCCAAAUUUGAAACAUCUGAAUCUGAGCUUCAACUCUAAAAUUACAUUCCCCCCAGAGUGUUCUGGGGUCUCCAAACUAGAAUAUUUGGAUUUGCAACAUACAAAACUUGGCAAAACAGGAGCCUUUCCCUCUUUUUUGUGCCUUGGAAACCUCUUCUACCUUGAUAUUUCUCACACCGAUAUCUGCAUAGUAACUGAAUGCUCCUUUUGUGGCUUGGACAACCUGAGAGUUCUGAAAAUGUCCGGUAACUCCUUUGGGAGCGAUGAAUUGGUAGGCAACUUCAAGAACCUCACCAAGCUACACAUUUUGGAUAUUUCCAGUUGCCAACUCAGGCGUAUCACACCCAUUGCCUUUGCUCACCUCCAUGAACUCCGUGAACUCAACAUCAGCCAUAACAACUUACUAAGCCUUGAUGCUGAAGUCUUUCUGUAUCUUCGUUCCCUCACCACAUUGGAUCUGCACGGCAAUCACUUAGCUACUAUUACAGAGCAGGUUCUUGAGAACUUGCCUACUCGUCUGAAGUACUUGGAUCUCUCUUGGAAUCUUUUUGAUUGUUCCUGUGCUCAUGUGCCUUUUUUAAGGUGGACAAAAAAGCCGAAGGAGCUCCUUAAGCAUGCCAAAUGCAUGGUUUGCCAUAGCCCCAUGGACUUAAAGGAUACCCGCCUGAUGGAUUUUGACCUGUCCUCUUGUCAAAUCAGUAAAACCACAGUAGCUGUUUUAGUUACCACCUUCCUAGUUCUGAUCUUAUUUGCGGUCCUGGUUUACAAGUAUUAUUUCCAUCUGUAUUAUAUGGUGGUGUUGCUCAAAAGAGACCACGUUUCAACUGAGAAGGAAAAUAUUUACGAUGCCUUUGUCAUCUACUCCAGUGAGGACCAGGAAUGGGUGACACGGGAGCUGGAAGAGACACUAGAGGUUGGAGUGCCUCGCUUUCGCCUCUGUCUCUACUAUCGUGACUUUGUUCCUGGAGUUUCCAUCAUCACCAACAUUAUCAAGGAGGGCUUCCAGAGCAGCCGCAAAGUCAUUGCGGUAAUCUCCCCGCACUUCCUUGAGAGUCGCUGGUGUAACUUUGAACUGGAAGUGGCCCAGUCUUGGCAGCUCCUGGACAGGAAGGCCAGCCUGGUUUUAGUUGUUCUAGAAGGUGUGGACAAUGCCGUUGUGCGGCAGAAACUGGGCUUGUUCCGCUACUUACGGAAGAACACUUAUUUGGUGUGGCGGGAUCGGGAACUGAAUCGACACAUGUUCCUCAGGCAGUUGAAGUCAGCUUUGCUUGAGGGCAAAACUUGGACUGAAGAUGAAUUGAAGCUAAUGUUAACCAACUAGGAUUCUGCAGCUAGACCAUAUCUAUUGAAUCAAUGGGAUUUACAUAAGUGUUGACUCUCAACAAUGGGUUCAGUGGAUCUACUCUGGACUGAACUAUUAAAAGGAUCCAAACUUACAUCUUUUGUCCUGCAAUGCUGAGCCAGUUAUAUAGUGCAACCAUAUGUUGACCAUGUAUUGUUGUUUUUGUGUUCUGAAAGGCAGCUAGAUUACUCACUGGAGCAUCAAACAAGGAGCAUACCACCCCCCUGCUGUGCCAGCUCCACUGGCUGCUGAUCCAAUUCAAAGUGCUGGUCUUGACCUAUAAAACCCUAUACGGCUUCGAUCCAGCGUACCUGUCUGAACAUAUCUCCUUCUAYGUCCCACCUCAGAGCUUAAGAUCAUCUGGGGAGGCCGUGCUCUCGGCCCCGCCCUUGWCUCAAACACGCUUGGUGGGGAUGAGGGACAGGGCCUUCUYGGUGGYGGC